AUGUCGGAUACACCACCUUCUUCCAAAGUACCUCCUCCCACGCCAAAGCGGUACGCAAACAAGGGAAGUCGUCGCAACAACACCUCUCCAGAAAAGGGAGGACAAGCAGUCGAUGAAUUUUUUUCAACAACAAUAUUGAGUGCGUAUGAACCGUUCUCAUGGGUGCCGGGAACGAAAUUUGAUCGUCGUAUUUUUCCUCAGGAUAGCUCAAAGACAUUGGCUUUACUGCCAAACACCUUGAAAGGCGAAGUGUGGGCUAUACCAGCGAAUAAAGAGUUAGAAAUAGAUGCCGUAUCCUUCGGUUGCAUAACCGUCAGUGAGAAAGCACAAUCAAGCUGUGCUGAGUGCCGUGCAAGAGGAACGAGCAAUUGUGAUUUUGGGAAGAAUGUAUUAGAAGAAGAAAUUCUAGAUGCGUCAUUGGCCUCUAACCUUGUUGCCAAGCUCGAAGGAUUAGAAGCAAUUGUCAGUGGCUUUGCGACCAUUGAUACCCCGAUUCCACCUCAGGUCAUUUUGUCGGCUUUGGGUCCCCUUACUCGGGACGGGCGUGCACUUGUUCAGCAGCUUAACGCUGCAGUAGCUGCUAAUGUGUUGGACACCGACGAUCCUUCCUCACGUCGUCGCCGUACCGCGGUUACCCUUCUUCCCUCGCCGGUGUUGGAACACGGACAACUUACAGGACUCAGUGCGGGCUGGAACGAUGAAGAUAUCACGAUGGAUGACGCUGCAAAUAGACAGCUGAAUACCGCUCCUGCUGCUGCGGCUGCUACCUCUGGUCCUGCGCGGAACUUACGAUCGCAACGCAAACAUUCUCAGACUUUUGAACAACGUCUUCGAUCUGCUCAAGGCUCCGGAAAGCGAGGGAAGUCUCGUCAGAUUUCAGAAAGUAGUCGCUUGUCCACUCCCAACGAUUUAGAUCGUCAAACGUCGAACGCGAGUGGAUCAGGUGCCGGGGUGUCAGACAAGGAUACGCAUGGCCAUGAUCAAACCAUGUUAGAGGAGUUGGAUGAAGAUGGGGGUUAA